AUGCACGCAGCUGCGAGCAGUAUGCGGCUAUGGGCCCUUGCUGCGCUCACGCUGCUCCUCGCUGUAGUGGGGGUGACUGCGUCGUCUCUGUCCUAUGAUGUUUCUGAUAUGGUUGUUAGCGUCGCAUCGUUUGAUGGCGGCUCGCGUCUUCGUAUGUCCUAUGCAAACAAGAAGGAAUGCCCCGCCGAGCCGAAGCUGAUUACGACAGAGCCGGAUGACAUUAUCCGAGUUAACUUUGCUGCCUCGUUAUCUAACGGGGAGAAGGCCACUGGCUCGUACCUCCCGCAUCAGGCAUGGAUCGUGCUGCAGCCUUCGACCUCGCCCUCCAGCGCAGCUCCGGCUGUCUGGCCUCUGAAACUGCGCAGCUCUAAAGCUAGUGCGUCGUGGAGUAUCCGUAUGGACCGUCUUCCCGAAGCGUUGAAAAAGUCGUUGGUGGGGGCUAGCGUGGAUGAAACGUUUGAGCUUCAGUUGAUGCUUGGCUCGUUUGCACAGGAUGCCGAAUCAGUAGUAACGCCGUUGGCUCUGCCUCUGCUGCGUAUCCAUUUCCCUUCCUCGCUUGUUUCUCGACUGAAAGGAACAGUCAAGCCUUCAGUACGGGUUGAGGCUGGUAAAAAAGAUGGAUUCUUGCCCUGGCCAGCGAACAAGCACACGUUCCAAGUGGAGCCCUGGCAAACGAUGCCACCCGCCAUGGCGAGUCUUCUUAUUGCGCUGAUUGUUCUGAUCGGACCAUGGAUUUUGCUUUUGUCCUUGUGUCGUCCUCUGGUCGGAAAACUAUCUCUGCCGGACGUGUCGACGGCCAUCGUCUUGGCCUCUGUGUGCCUGGUGGAACUCCUGGCUGUGCUCUACUGGAUUGGCGCGCCUGUUUGGACAGUGUUUCCUGCGGUGGGUGCUGUGGGCCUGGUAGUUCUGGUGGGAGGGCACAAAGCGCUAUCUCGUACAUGGAUUCAUGUAUAG